AUGGGCAUGAGCAAGCGUGUAGCGCUGCUGCUCGUCGCUGCGAGCCUGAGCGAGACUAGCGAGACUAGCAAGAGAGAGACGAAACAGCUCCUCCUCCCAUGCCGUCAGGUCGACCAGCUCCUCCUCCCAUGCCGUUUGCAUCGCGGGGGCAUGAUGUCAAGGGAGGAGAGGCUGCGUGUGCGCUGCAUCGGAGCAUCUCUGCGUGGAGGAGUAGGCGAGGAUGCGUCGUUACCCGCGGGGGACUCGAGUGAAGAAUUCUUUGAAAGUGCCGCAAGGAGCCAGCAGGCUACGAGCAGGCGAGUUGGGAAGCGCUCGCAUGACAGCAGCGACGUCGGGGAGGGAAACUCGGAAGAGUCUGAAGCCUCCGUGAAAGAGUUCGACAGCAAUGUCAGCUCCUACGGUGAAGAGUUUAACCUCACCGUCACUUCCGACCCCUAUGCGUCGAAGCUCGCUCCCAUCAAGCGGAAGGUGAUGGCUCAGUUUGAGACGGAGAAAGCAGAGGCAAAAGGCCGGAAGGCGGCAUCGCUGCCUAAACAUGCGCUCUCAGCUCUGAUCGACGAGUUUGGUCAUUACAAGGCUGAGAAGCUGAGAGGUGUGAUCAUCGACGUGGAGGCUGUCCUGUUCGACACUGAGCCGGCAAGAGCUUGCGACGCCAUCAAGGUCUUGUGCCAAGAGCUGAAUAUCGACAUGGAAGACGAUGACUACCUGAGAAUGAGCGGACGGGACUUCUCUCAGUGCCUCGCCAUGCUGUGCAAGGGGAGAGCUGGGGGUUUUGAACGAGAUUGCUUCUUCGACCUCUUGGAAAUCAACAUGCAACAGUUGCAGGCGAUUCCAUUCGCAGAGACGUUGAUCCGGCAUUUUAAAAGUCGAGGGAUUCCAAUAGCCCUCGUGUCUUCUGCGCCGAGAGCUUUGCUCGAUCACGCGUGCAAGCGUCACGCCGGCUUUUUCUCUCUGGUAUCCCACGUCAUUUGCGCCGAUGAAGUUCCUCGCUCGCGACCUUUUCCUGACGCCUACCUGGCAGCGGCGAGGAAGCUCAACCUCCCGGUCUCCGACUGCUUGUCUCUCGUCGGAACUCUCGUCGGGCUGCAAGCAAGUCUGCAGGCGAACCUUCCGACCAUCGGUGAACAAGCAGAUCCAUGA